CUUCUUCAAAGGUUAAAGCGUUUGGUUUCCACAAUCAUAUCGAAGAUUAUCCGAGAAGAGUAGAGAAAAAGACAAAGAACCACAAAAAAAGAAAGAAACACAGUUUCAGAAAUGGCUGUCGGUAUAAACGCGAUGCCGGUGACGUUUGCGGCCCACGCGCUGGCUCUAAUAGCGGCGAUUAUGGUGCUGGUUUGGAAUAUCAGUUACAGAGGUGGAUUGGCUUGGGAAGCUGAAAACAAGAAUCUUAUCUUCAAUCUGCAUCCUGUUCUGAUGCUCAUUGGAUUUAUAAUCUUGGGAGGAGAAGCUAUUAUAAGUUACAAAUCGCUUCCAUUGGAGAAACCAGUGAAGAAGUUGAUCCACCUUAUUCUCCAUGCCAUUGCUCUGGCUCUUGGUAUCUGGGGAAUAUGUGCAGCUUUCAAGAACCACAACGAAAGUGGCAUCCCUAACCUCUACAGUCUCCAUUCUUGGAUUGGUAUUGGAGUCAUUUCUCUUUAUGGCUUCCAGUGGGUGUACAGCUUCAUAGUGUUCUUCUUCCCUGGAGGAUCACCAAACCUGAGAAGCGGUUUGCUUCCGUGGCACGCAAUGCUGGGCCUCUUUGUUUACAUACUUGCUGUUGGGAACGCAGCUUUAGGGUUUCUGGAGAAGCUGACUUUCUUGGAGAGUGGUGCUAAGCUUGACAAGUACGGGCCAGAAGCAUUUCUUGUGAACUUCACAGCCAUUGUCACCAUUCUCUUUGGUGCCUUGGUGGUGAUCACUGCUUCUGCUAAGUCUCCCUCUCCGUCUUCCUCCAUUGAUGAUGCUGAUAACUACAGCUAUUCUGCUAUAUAAAACGCAUAUCUUUGUUGCCACUUGUGCUAUUAAAAGAUCGUAUUCUUAUGUGAUGUAUUUGUAGUGAAACACUUUGUGUGUUGUGGUUUCACUGAUUAUGAGUUUGCUACUUCUGGUUUGUGAAAUCUUCAGUAGAAAAUUAAAAUAAGAAACUCUUUUAUAUAUCUUACCUUCAGUCUUCUGAUCCUUAAUAAUUUGAUUUACAUUGUUUGUGACUUGAUUUAUAUGGUUAUUGAUGAAGAAAAUAAAUAAUCAGAAGAAUUACAAUGUGUGUCGUCUCUAUCAGUAUCAAUCUUUUUGUUUUUUGAAACUGAAUCAGUAUCAAUCUUAGGCUCAUGCUUCUGACACUUAGAGCCAAACACAACGUCGUUAAGAGUCCAGUUGUUGUUGUUCAUCACCAUUUCGUUGCAAUGGAACUGAUUAACAUCACCUGUUUCUUGGUAAUCUGAGACGUAUUCUUGAAUAUUUGGAGUUUGGUUGUGGUUAGAGUCUGCCAAAUCAGAGGAAUGAUCAAUGUGGGGAGAAAACCACUCGGAGAAGAAAAGCCUUGGAAUCUCAGGACCAGAAGCGCAUGGAUAGUUGUUGUUGCUUUCUUGUGAUGGAGAUGAUGAAGUCUUCUCUGGAAGUGGGUUGAUGUGUGGAUUUCUUUUCACGCAAGCAACAAGUGAAUCAGAAGAAGUGGAUAUAGAUGUUGCAUGUUGAGGCCUCUGAGACUUGAGCCUCUUUUUCAGAUGAGAGUGCCAAUAGUUCUUGAUCUCAUUGUCUGUUCUCCCCGGUAAGUACCUGGCAAUC